AUGUCGUCGCUGCGUGCGUUGAUGCGCCGCGAGAAGGCGGCGAGGCGUGGCGCCAAUUCUGAGGAUUCCGAGGCGCCUGCCAAGGUACAGGCUGUAGCUCCGCGCGUAGAUUCCGCAUCGCAAAAGCCGCAAAGUGUGGAACCGCAGCGUCCUUUGCCAGAUGCCACACCGAAAGUGUUGGAGGAAUCGUUUGAGCUGGUUUCGGAGUCAGAAGACUCUGAUGGCGCGUCUUCUCCAACGAUAUUGGCAGCACGUCGCUCCACGAGAUCCCGACAGGAUUCUGGCGACGGCAUGGACGCAUCAGCAGAUUACAACUAUUUAUCGCAUUCGUCCCUAUUCCGUGACCAUUCUUAUGGCGAUAUAAACACAUUUAUGGGUGGAGUUGAGGGCGUAAAUAGUCCGUACGACAACGAUAUUAACGGCUCCUAUGUUCAAAGUGGAGAUGACGUCGGUGGGAAGCCUCUGCCAGAUGUGGGUCAACAGACGAUGGUCAUGGCCGCCCAGGCAUUACAUCCCUCAGCAGAUGGCGUCGAACCGAGACCAGAACAGUUGGAAAUAUCAGAUGAUGUGCACCUCUACGACCAAUUGAACACUGCCUUCAGCAGCCGCAUCGAGUACGAGAGGCAGCGCAUCCUGGGCAACGUAGACGAUUCUGCCAGCACGUUGGACUACGGGGUGGUAGGCGACUCCAGCAGCACCAUAACGUCCGCCAACUUCGGCAAGUCGAACAUGCGAUUGAGCACGGACGUCAACCUCCCCGACGGCUUCUUCGACAACAAGAGGUCCGACGCGCAGGUUCGCGGCAAGCUGACCGGCCGUGAGGCCAGCGAGAAGCUCUCGGAGCUUGAGCGUAGUCAAGCUGAGCUUCUGAACGAGGCCCGUUACGUCCAGGAAAAGUACGUUGAGAGCUGGCAGGAGCGGCACCGUCUGAUGCGUGACGAGCAGGAGCACCAAGAGGCCGUGCGUACUCUGUCUGCUAAGGUCGACGCUAUCAAGAGCGAUAUUGCGGAAACGAGCUCAGAAGAUGUCCUGGGUGCAACUGUUGAUGACAUAUCAGCAGCUACCUUGUCAGAAGAUGUUAAAUACACUUCGAACGACGAGGAGUCGGAUGACCUUUCGUGGCGCAUGAAAGCGUUCACGUGA